UCCCAUAUCCAUUAACUUUAUGGGCAACUUAUCACAGUAGCGAUCAUUCCAACACUAGCCUCGUUUCGAAACUGGGACUUCUUAACAAAGCUCAUCUCAUCGCGCAGGGCUUUGCUGACUCGCGAGGAACACUCUCGUGCUAUUCACGGCGCCUCCACCGAGUCUUCACUCUGCCCAUCCCUAUAUACUGGAUUUUUGCCCCUCACCAACAGAGAAGAAACGCAAGCGCAUGUAUGGGUGGGUGUCUUGGAGGAUAUGUGCGGCCUCCUCCUGCCGCCUUACCAGAAAAGGUAAAUAGAGCAUAUAAGAAGAAUUCCAACCGGCAGGUUCGGGCCCAAUCUGCUUUCUCUUCUGAGGACUGGUGGAUGUCUAGUUCCCACGGCAUGGGCGAUAAUGGUGGUGCUCUUGAUUCUCAAGCAUUAAGGCAUUAUUCUAGAGCUUUAAACAAGAGUCAUGCAUCUGGGUCAGCUAGUAGCAAUAGCAGCAAAUCAUCUUUUGAGAACCAUGCAUUGACUCAUUGGCAAAAACAACGAAAGGAGUGGGUUGGCAGCCAGAAGUCCCAACCACGGAAAUUGCGGGAACCUGUCAUCAGAUGGAACGCAACCUAUGAGGAGCUACUUGGCACAAGCCGUCCUUUUGUGAAGCCUGUGCCUUUAUCCGAAAUGGUGGACUUUUUGGUCGAUGUGUGGGAGCGAGAGGGCUUGUACGGGUGAACGAUUUCUUAUGUUUUACAUGAAUGUACUUAUCUCUUUUCAGGGUACGACUGUCAAUGUAGUUAGGCAUUCGGGGCACUUAGAGGCUCUCCUGUUUGAACUAGCCACUAGAGAGGAUUUAGGACUCUGGUGUUAGUGAUGCUGUGAGCAUUUUGUCGGCAAGAUGAGGAUAGGUAGGUCUCAUCUCACUUUCAUCCGAGCAGGUUGGUGCUGAACCUGUGGUACUUGCUGGCAUGUUGGAAUAGAAAUGGUUUGGUUGUCCUUAGACAGACGGCUUCGCAAUGGUCUCGAAGAGAUCUGCAGUGUGCACUGUUAUGCACAUCUUUGCUCUCCCAAUACACUUCUUUGUGACUCGUUU